AGUGAGUGUAGUUUUCAUUUCAAUUUAAAAUAAAUGUAAAAUCCUGUGAUAUUUGUUUUUAAGUAACUCAGUGAGCCGAAAACCGCAAGCAUGGUCGGAGCGCCAGAUGUCAAACCAACAAAAAUCGAGCACCACUCUCCCCACCUCGACGGGAACCCAGUCUUCACAAUCAGCGAUGAAAUCGGCAGCCCGGACACGACAUACACGAUGGCUUCGAUAAACUCCAACGGGGAUCUACGGAGCCCUGGAGACCCUCCUGAUAAGAAGAUUAACGACGCUGAUGCCGAGAAACAACCACUCUCAGGGAAAAAAGAGGAGAAAUGGUACCUGACUCUGGCGCAAGUGGCUGUGCCGUUUUUCAUCGCUGGCUGCGGCACCAUAGGCGCUGGACUUGUUCUAGGGAAAGUCAGAGACUGGGAUGUCUUUGUGAACGUGUCAGCAAUUUUCGUGUUAGUACCAUCUCUCUCUGGACUUAAAGGCAACCUGGACAUGUGCCUGGCAUCGCGGUUAUCAACACAGGCCAACCUGGGCAACAUGGAAUCCGGCAAAGAGGUCAUUUCGAUGGUCGUCGGUAACAUAUCACUAGUACAGGUCCAAGCAAUAGUGGCGGCCACUGUUGUGUCAAUGUUCGCGAUAGUCGUGAAUACGAUAACGGAUCGCACCUUCAACGGAUCUUACGUGUUGCUUCUCAUAGCCUGCGCCGUUUUCACUGCUACUACCACCUGUUUUGUACUGGAUUUCGUAAUGGUGCUGGUGAUCUACGGGUCGCAUAAGUUCAAAGUAAACCCUGACAACGUGGCGACGCCGCUCGCGGCCUCCAUCGGAGACAUCGUCAGCAACACUGUGCUUGCUGUCACUGCGCAGUACAUGUACGAGCAGAUAAAAAUAUCACUAUGGCAGCCAAUAACCCUCAUGUGCGUCUACUAUAGCCUCUUACCGCUAUGGGUGUUCGUGGUCUACAGAAACAAAUACACCAAGAAGGUCCUCACGACUGGUUGGACUCCUGUCAUUUCUGCGCUAUUUAUAAGCGGGAUCGGAGGCAUCGUCCUGGAUCAGGCAGUGGAUCACUUCAGAGGCUACGAGGUGUUUCAGCCCAUUGUCAAUGGUAUUGGAGGCAACUUGGUCUGUGUGCAGUCAUCUAGGCUGGCCACCUAUCUACAUCAGACCGCUAUUCCUGGAGUAUUGCCUGAUGGCACAAGGUUACUGGAAUGGCCUUGGAAGACGCUGUUCUUUGGAACUGCUGCAGCAAAAGUGGCCCGCAUGCUGUUGAUGCUUGCCGUCUCCGGUCAGAUCGUGUUCAUGAUCGUAGCUGACGUUGUCUACCAAGGCUUCGUGACCAUACAAGUACCAUUUGGUAUCACCUAUGUCUGCUGUGCGUUACUGCAGGUUAUGGUACUCCUGUAUCUAGCUUACGUUCUUGUCCAUUACAUGUGGAAGAAAAAGAAGGAUCCGGAUAAUGCGGCUAUUCCAUAUCUGACGGCUCUCGGAGACCUUCUAGGAUCUGUGUUCUUGGGCCUAGCAUUCGUCAUAUUAUCAAUGUUCGGCCUCGAGUACGGGAACAACGUCCCCGACAGGAAUUGAUUCAAUUGGUAUUUAUUUAGAAAUAACAGAAAAAUAUUUGGUCCUAAACAGUAAUCAAAUCGCCGCGUUGCUUUGUUGUUCAUUUUAAAGGAGAAAUGAUCGAACAAUUUCAGAAAUGAAAUCUUAGAAUUUUAGACUAAUAUUGCUAUGUAAGAGAAAGGAAGCGUAUUAUUGUAACGGAAUUGUACGUAGCGUAGUGAUACAAUGCGGCAGCUGCAGAAAUUCCAGAAACUAUACGAGAAUUCUCCGAAAGACGCGCGGUAUAUUUUUUUGGCUCGUAUCUAGUUGUGUUACUCAAUUGACAUAAAGUUUAUUACAAAAACUCACGUCCAUUCCAUUCCGCACCUACGUAAAUUGAGCAUUAUAUUCUUGCGAUUAUAACAAAUGCACACGGUCAAAUU